UUGCCGCGGACCGUUGCGUGUUCUGGGGCGCUGCCGCGUUUCUCGUUAUAUUUUCCACUGCCCGGGGGUUUAUUGUGGGGUUUUCCUUCGUUCCCGGUGACCGUAUUGUGUGAUCUUUUCGUGUGUUCGACUGUGUCUGCGUGUUUCUGUGUGUGUGUGUGCUUGUGGUGUGCAGGCACUGUUACGCGUGAGUUGGGUUUUAGUGUUUUUCCUUCUCGUGGUUUUUCACCGCUGCAGAGAGAAUCCGAAAGAAUUGUGGCAAGUGAUUUGCAUGCGUUGCACAACGGUGCCAACUCGUAAACGUGUGUGAAAGGGAAACAAACGCCAAACGCACUCGGUGAUCGGCGGUGAUUCAUCGACGGUCGGUCAAGCAUCGCAACGCCGUUGGAAAAAUCAAUACUUCACUGACCAGAGAGCCACCAGCAAACGGCGUCACCGUCGACAGGCAGAGCAGCAACCGAAAAGGAGGUUAAAUUCAAGUGUACACCGCCGCAGAACAACUGGACUGGCUGUCAGCAUGAAUUACGGGCGGAAAACACCGUCGACGUACCGGUCGACACCGUCGGUCUACUCACACAUCACCUCCCGGUCGCAAUCGAAUCUGCACUCGCAGCGUUCCCGUUCGAUGAAAUCCGUCCGGAUACCGUGGUAUCAGAAGCCGAUCCUGCACAACAACCAGUAUCUCGACAUCCAGCGGGGCGCCUUCAUUAUGGGACUGUUUGCGAUUUUCGUGGCGAUCUUCACGAUCGGUACGGCCAUCUUCGAUAUCUACUGCUUGGCGUUGGCGGCACCCGGCUCAUCCCAUUACGGUUACUACAUCAUCUCGUACGAGUUCGUGUACGUCGGCAAUGUGCACGUCCGGAAUGCGCUGAUGGUGGCCGCCCUGUUCUCGCUCAUCGGUGGCCUGGUGGUGCUGGUGACGAGCAUUAUGCUGGUGCACGCACUGCGCAAGGAGUACGAGACGAAGAUCGUACCGUGGCUGUGGUCGUUCGCGAUCUUCACGCUGUUCCGCUUUCUCGCGUUCCUGUUCUUCUCGAUCGUGAACGAUCUGAUCUUCGCGUACAACAUUCUCAUCACGCUCAUCUGGAGCGUCAUCGUCGUGGCGUCGAUCUACGGCUGGCUGAUGGUUUACUCGCUCUACCUCGAGCUAUCGGAUCUGACGAAGCUGGAGGAUCUGGCGCAUCUACGCAUGGGUACGAUGCAAUCGCUAAACGCGUCCGUUGCCCACUCGUUGGCCGGUUCACGACCUACCACACCGCACAGUACCGUCUCGACCGUACCGGUCGGUGACCGGCACGUCUAAUCGGGCAUCGGCCGCCCAGCCCACCAUUCCGUCCAAUUUCAUUCGUCAUACGCCGUCCAGGAACCGAUCGUUUCGUUAACCGAUCCUCGAUCGUUAGACGGACAAACCUUCCAACCGUACAAAGUAACCAUGAAGAUGCGGAGAUGAUGAUCAUGAUGAUGGUUGAAGAUGCUUAGGAAGCAGAAGUAAACCUCCCCCCCUCCAAUCCGCCAGUCGCUAGGGCAUACGUUAGCGCACGACGCCAGUUCAGGCGUCAAUCUACAAUUCCGUCCCGUGUGCAGUCUUUCGAGAACGAAACAUCGAUGCCUUAGCUUUUAAGCGUAACUUAGUGUUUAGUUUUUAAUUCACAUUUUAUACGGCGACUUCCUGCCCCGUGGCCUAGGCGACGAACCCGACGUCACACGCAUUCGAUGAAACAUUCGCUUUCGUUUUUACCCAUUCCCGUGCUCCCACGAUCGAAUAUCAAUAAAUUAUUGAUUUCUUGUAAAAUAAAACAAAAAAAAACUAAUUAAACACCCA